AUGGGUGCCGACUUUGUUUUUCCUAAGGAUUCCACGAUAUUACGGGCAAUUGGUAGAGUUUGGCCAGAGCUUCUGAAGGGGGUCUGUUUGUCUGUUGGUAAUGGCCGACGUGCCAGAUUUUGGCACGACACAUGGCUCCAUCAAUCGACGCCGUUAUUAGCUCUCGCGACAGGCCCGAUCCCAGCGGACCAAUGGGGGCUGCCGAUGGCUAGCUUUGUGGCGGUCUCGGGAGGAUGGAAUUGGGGAUCUUUUGCACACCUGCUACCUGCGAAUGUACUGCUGCGCAUCGCGUCAGUCAUGCCUCCGAACCCUCACCUAACAAAUGAUGCGAUUUAUUGGGGGUUUUCGGAUAAUGGUCGUUUAACCACGAAAUCAGCCUACGAGUCGCUACUUCCUCUCGAGCCGAAAACUAACCGUGUUCUAUGGAAGUCUAUUUGGCAGUGGGUAGGCCCUCAACGAAUCCGACAAUUCCUCUGGCUUGCGGCUCAAUAUCGACUAUUGACAAAUAGGGAACGCACUCGCCGCCCUUUGACGAGCUCGCCGACGUGCACGCUGUGUGGUUGGGGGGAGGAAUCCGUCAUGCAUGCCCUUCGGGAUUGUACAGGUGCAGCCCAGACCCCUUGGAUCCCAAACAUCAAGGAGAAGAAGCCCAUGUGUCAGUUUGAGAGUGAUAGGAGAAAUCUAGUGUGGGUGAGUGACAUGUUCAACUGA